UCCGGCGCGUGCGCCGUACGCAUCCAUCUCUCUCCAGACUCGUCGGUCUCCUAGCAACAACGGCGCAUGCUCGGAGGAGCGCAGCGGGCAGCAUCCUGUCACGUGACGCGUCGCAGCGGCGCGUGCGCUGUGUGUACGGUAACAUGGAGGCGCACGUGGAGGACGCAGAAGCCCAGCCAGAAGAGAAAACGUUCAAAGAUCUGGGUGUAACUGAUGUUUUAUGUGAAACCUGUGAACAGCUAGGAUGGAAACAUCCCACCAAGAUCCAAAUAGAGGCGAUUCCUGUGGCCCUUCAAGGACGAGACAUCAUUGGUCUGGCGGAGACUGGUUCAGGAAAGACCGGAGCCUUUGCACUACCUAUCCUUCAGACAUUGCUGGAAAACCCACAGAGACUUUAUGCCUUGGUCCUCACACCCACCAGAGAAUUGGCUUUUCAGAUUUCUGAACAGUUUGAAGCCCUUGGUUCCUCUAUUGGAGUGAAGAGCGCGGUUAUCGUUGGUGGAAUCGAUAUAAUGUCCCAAUCCCUGGCACUGGCGAAGAAGCCUCAUGUUGUAAUUGCCACACCUGGACGCCUAAUUGACCAUCUUGAAAACACAAAGGGAUUCAAUCUUCGAGCCAUCAAGUACUUGGUGAUGGAUGAAGCUGACCGUAUACUGAACAUGGACUUUGAAACAGAGGUUGACAAAAUUCUCAAAGUUAUUCCCCGCGAACGUAAGACUUUUCUUUUCUCUGCCACGAUGACAAAAAAGGUGCAAAAACUGCAACGUGCUGCUUUGAGAGACCCAGUGAAAUGUGCCGUAUCCUCAAAGUAUCAAACGGUAGAAAAACUCCAGCAGUAUUAUGUAUUCAUCCCUUCCAAGUUCAAGGACAGCUAUCUUGUGUACAUCUUAAAUGAAUUGGCAGGAAAUUCUUCCAUGAUCUUCUGCAGCACAUGCAACAAUACACAACGUGUUGCUUAUUUGCUGCGUAAUCUUGGAUUCACAGCUAUUCCCCUCCAUGGCCAAAUGAGUCAGAAUAAAAGACUUGGUUCUUUAAAUAAGUUUAAGGCGAAAUCCCGCUCCAUUCUCUUGGCCACUGAUGUUGCAAGUCGAGGGCUCGAUAUUCCUCAUGUGGAUGUUGUUAUAAAUUUUGACAUUCCAACACAUUCUAAGGAUUACAUACACCGGGUAGGCCGAACGGCUCGUGCUGGAAGAUCUGGGAAAGCUAUUACUUUUGUGACACAGUAUGAUGUGGAGCUGUUCCAAAGGAUAGAACAUCUGAUUGGUAAAAAGCUUCCAGCCUUCCCCACCCAAGAAGAGGAAGUCAUGAUGUUAAAUGAGAGAGUGUCUGAGGCUCAGAGAUUCGCUCGUAUAGAACUAAGAGAAAGUGGAGAAAAGAAGAAGCGACCUCGGGAUGAAGAUGGUGACGAUGCAGAAGGGUCUCUGGGAGUAAGAAAAAAGGUUGCAGGAGGGAAAUUUAAGAAGAAGAAGAAUAUUCACUGAAAAGACAAUACAAAACUAUAGCAAAAAAUUGUAAAUUAAUGAAAUGUUAUUAUUCUUACUGGAUGAGAACUGUCAGAAGAUUUCCACCACCUUAGGCCCCUUUCACACUACAUAAUUACUCUGUUUUCGAAGUUCCGUCAGAAAAUCGGCAGUAAAACGGCAGUUACAAAAUCCUAUACGGCUG